AUGUUACAUAUUAAUAAAUCUAUUGUUACAUUUAAAAAAAAAUUAUUAAAGGAUAACAAUGCCUCUUUGACUCUAUCUGAUAUCGUUGCUGAGGCAGCAAACAAUUCCCCGAUAGGGAUUCUGGGUAAGACUGCCUUGGAUGUUAAAGUUGACCCUGGGCACAUAUCAUGCCAUGAGUUUUAUGUUGCUAGUGACAUGAUAUCUGAGAUUAUUCUUGGCCUGGGCUGGCUAAUGAGUAAUAAAGUCAACGUUGACCUUUCAAGAAUGGUGUUGACAUUUCCUGAUUUGUCUAUCAAACCCUUGUCUGUGUUUGAUUCGACUGUGUUAGAGCCCUUAGCUGUUGUUUUGGAUGAAGAUAUUGAAGUCCCGGCAAAGCAUGAAAUAUUUCAAACAGCUCGAAUAAGAAAUCCUACCAUUUCUGAAAGUAUUUUGGAACCGAACAUGAAACUACCAGGAAAGGGUGUUUUAGUUGCUAGAGUUGUUGUUCAGCCAAAGGAACAAAGAGUUCCUAUCCAAAUAAUAAACCCAGGAACAGAACCGGUUUAA